AGUGUAAUUUUGCGUUUCGUUCGAGUGUCAAACCGAUUAUUAUUGGAAUCAUCAUUGGUCUGUGGUAGAGGCGGAGGUGGUGGCCGAAGCUUCCUAAUUGGCUGUCCCACUUUCACGAUCUUUUUAACUGGCCGCUGUACAGAAAGCGAUUUUCGUAUCGAAACUGGCCGAUGUACCUUGCCAUUUUGUUGCUUCGCUGGAAUCAGCGCAAAUAAACUUAGAAAUUCUCGUUGAUCAAAACAGUCAACGCUUGUCUUUAUACAAUUGUUAAUAUUUGUGCGCAAUUCGUUAUCGGCUUGUUUGAUUUGUUGAACUUGUAAUUUUUGCCAUCGACUAUUUGACCGUAGACUACGCGACAUCAUUUGAUAGAAGAAAUAAAAUGUGCGUUACAUUGAACGAAAAGAAAAGAAGAAAAAAAACACAACGAGUAUGCGAUGCAGCGCAGUCGACAGCGAGAACAAGAAUAAAAUUGACACUUGUAUUGAUGUGGCAUUGUACACAAAGCACGCAUAGAGAACCCAUAGGAUAACGGUGCUAUGGUAUUUACAUAUUGUUCAGUCAGUGGUUGAAUGUGAAGCAUUGGACGAAACAUUUGUGGAACAUCAACAACGAAAAUGUAAGUGAACGGAAUAGCGCGCCGCCUGUGGAAUUUUAGAACGUUCGCACAAAAAUAUUUACACAUAAUUUUUCGGUAUAUAAACAGUGCCGAAUGUUUAUCGAUAACAUCGAAUCGAUUCCAAAAACUGUAAGUAACGACGCAAGCGAAAAAUGAUGUAAUGGAGAAAUUGAAACAUUGACGAUGAUAAAAUUGUGUCCACUUAAAAUGAUCAAAUUUCUGAAUAAUGAAGCAGAGUUCUCCCUUCUAUUCAUAACUGAAAGCCGAGCAUGUUCUAUUUUUGGUUUUCAAUAUCUAAAUAAACAUCCCAAACUGUAAAUUUGUGCGGUUGCGAUAGGCACCAACAAACCACAUUACCGCUCGACUUCGUGUCGGUGCAUGUCACCCAUUGGCGAAACGACAAACACUCACAAAUGUGACCGAACGAAAAACAAAAGCAGCGGCAGUUCAAUUAUAGCUUCUCAUAGUGACGGUUUGUUGUCUGUGCGAGCAUUCUUGUGCAGAACAAUAGCAAUAGUUUCAUGGUAUUGUGUAAUUAGUUCAGUGGAUUGUGUCAAAGAUGAAUUUCGAGUUCGAGAUCCCGCGGAAUAAUAAAGAGCUCUUGACAGAUGCCAAUUGUAGCAAUUAUUUUGUGAAACAAAUCUAUGAUGCGGCUGAAAUACCAAAAGAACUUCAACUUGCACGUCAAGCCUUCAAAGCCGGUGAUGCAUUCUACAUAUUUGAUCAUUUCGACACAUUUUUCUCUGUUACCGAAAAUGCAGACAAGCUAUCGAUUGACCAUUUGAAUCAAACAGUGGAUCUGUUGUAUCGAACAACGGAAAAACUUGGUGCAAUGCUCGACAGUUAUCUGAAGCAAGACCAAUUGGAUCGACAAAUGGAUUUUCUUAAUCUCACAAAAAUGGUGAUGUACUUGCUGGUGAGCACUAUUCGUGCAGUUGAUCUGUUUGUGAAGAAUAAUUCGAUUCAGGCGAAAAGUGGCCGUAAAAACAAAAAGAACACCAAUGAUUCGAUGCCAGCAUUUGUUCGAUAUGAGGAAAAACGCUAUGAUGUUCUGAUUCAAAUUUGCAACAUAAUGCAAAUGUCAAUUGAUAAACUCUGGCCCAUAUCCAUUGCUGAAGAGAAUUUCGUGAAUUUGGUAUGUGACUUGGCUUAUCGUUCGCUGUCCCAUCCAUCGGCAAAAGAAAAACGGGUCAACGAUGUGGUGUUCCAAAUUCUUGGCAACGCUAUCAAACAAUAUCGUCAUGGCAACGCCUUCCCAAUUCAAAUCGUUGAGAUUAUGGAACGUGAAGAAUCGACUGUUGUUCCCAUCGCCCAUGGUGUUCGGUAUUUAAACGAUGAGUUCGGAAUUACCACCGUAAUGAUUAAGCUGUUACGCGAAUUAAUCGAGAAGGUGAAUGUGAAUCCAGCGGCACAGGCCACAUCGAAACAUUUGAGCUUAUUCAUAGCCGAGGUGGGAGAGAUUUCGAUGGAUUUAUCAUUGCAAUGCUUGGAAAUGGCACAAGACCUACUUAAUUUGGAGCCGUAUGCCGUUAGAAUCAGCUUAUUCGGUGUCAUAAGCACAGUUAUCAUCAAACACCUAAGUGGUGAAGAGCUCGACGACGAACAAAAAGCGCUGCGCGACGAAUGUUUGGACGAUUUAUUAACACACAUGAAUGACAUCAGCAGUUAUGUGCGAUCAAAAGUGUUGCAAAUUUGGAAUGACUUGAAAAAUCGAAAUGCAGUGCCGUUAGAUUGGAUACUUCGGAUUGUGACACGAGCCAUCGAACGUCUGCACGAUAAAACGGCGACCGUACGCAAGAAUGCAAUCACUUUGCUGCGAUCAUUUUUGGAAUCAAAUCCAUUUGCAUCAAAGUUGCAAAUGGAAAAGAUUCAACAGAAAUUGGAGGAGGAGACCAACAAAAUGAAUCUCAUCCAAGAGAAACGAAGGAGACAAGAACGUACCAAACACGAUACACAAGCAGAUUUUAUGCAUCGCUGUAAGCCAGAACUGGAACAGAUUCUGAUGAGUAUUCUGAGCGAUGAAAAACGAACGGAAUCGUUGAUUGCAAAUGCAAAAUUUGACGAGGCCGAACCACAGCAACGAGUUCAGAAAAUCCGGCAAUUUUUGAACAAUGGACAAUUCCUCGAUGUAGCGCCAUACAUAAUCCAACUAGAUGCAUUAGUUGGACAUUAUGAGAAAUGGAAGCCGUUACGCGUUGUCGAACAAGUCAUCUAUUUCGUCAUGUUGCUCCAAUCGUAUUUAUUCGAUGACUAUGAAGAUAAGCUCAAUCAACAAGCGACCAUUUUGGGUUUCCUGAAAGAUGCAUUGACAUUUUCAGAGACUGUGGCAAAUGCUGUGCCGAAAAUCGAAGAAAUGUUGAUGUCAACCACAAUUACAGAUGUUCUGGAAGCCAUUGAAUUCUUCAAAACCGGUUACUUGUUCAACAUCAACGGAACGGAGAACGGGAUGCGAAUGAUGCUUCGAUUACUCUACACCCACACGGGUCAAGACAAAAACGAUAAAGUCGAAGCAGUCUUGAAAGCAUAUCACAGCAUUCUGUUCGGCACAGAUGCAACUGGAAGAACGCAUUCGCAUAAAGUCGUUGAUAACCUGUGCGAAUUCUUGCAACACAUUUCAACUGGCGAAUACACAGCUUUCGGACUCAUGAUUAAGCACUGGGUACUUUCCGAUGAUAUCAAUGUCAACAUCGUGAAUGUACUUUUCGAACGAUUUACGCUGAAACAGCCAGAAACUUCGAGCAAUUCGGCCAGAUGCUGUAUGGAAUUACUGAUUUUGAUCUCAAGUGCCAAGCCAGUUGUUGCUCAUAGCAACAAAAAGCUCAUCAUCGAUAUAAUCAACAGUCGGCGAAUUCUCGAAGACCCGCCUAUUUUCGCGGGCUGUUUACAAUUGCUGAUGAACAGCGUUCAGCCAAUGGCAGUGGGUGAUAAAGCGAAUAAAUUCAUUGGCUAUUACAAACGCCUCGAUGAUGACGACAUUUCCGACAGCAUAAUCAACAAUUUCAAACAGUUUUUCUUCUAUCCAAAACUGCCCGACUUCGAAUCAAUUGCAUCGCAAUCGAUCGACUUUUUGUACAAAAUGUGCUCGGCUCCGGAUCUGUUAUGCCAGGAAAUCAUUCGUGACGUUUGUAAAAAGUUGAAUGAAAUAUCACAGAAGCGCAAGCAGCAGACGUUGGAUUCGAAUGGCUCGGGAUCAUCACAAGUGACCGAAUUACACAUUCCAAAAUAUUUAUUACCGCGGGUAAUUUUUAUUUUUGGUUACAUUGCCACAAAAGAGCUAGUUUAUCUACACGAUGAUGUCUACCAAAACGUCAAAUAUCGCGAAGAGCUGAGAAAACAGAAGAAAAAUGAAAACCAAACAACCUUGGAUGGAACAAUGGAUCGAUCACUCAAACGAUUGGCAUCAGCAAAUACAUCCGUUGUCGAUCCAAAUGAUCCCGAUAGCACAUACAUGGGCGCCACGGCUGAAGAUCAUUUGGCUGAAAUGAUCAACAACAUAUGUGAAAAUCAAUUGAUUGGAUCUGCCGAUAGUGUAUUGCAUCAUUUUGUACCAGUUUUGAUUGAAAUCCUAAGUCAACCAGCAAAAUACUCCGAGAAUUAUGUACAGCGCGCGGCUGUUUUGGCACUAAUGCGAUUCAUGGCGGUUUCGGGUAGACUUUGUGCCGAUCGAAUUGGAUUUUUGAUGAAUAUUUUGCGGAAAAGCACAAGUGCUUCCAUGAAAUGUAACAUCAUCAUUGGAUUGGCUGAUUUAACGAGUCGAUAUCCAAACACAAUCGAACCAUGGAUCCCGAACUUCUUUGUUUUGUUAUUCGAAAACGAUGAUACCGUUCGAUUGACUACCUUGAAAAUGCUGUCGUACGUGAUUUUGCAGGCAAUUAUUCGAGUUACGGGUCAAGUUUCAGAAAUAGCCGUUUGCAUCGUCGAUGAAAAUAUCGAAAUUCAAAUUACAGCAAAGGAAUUUUUCCGUCAAUUGGUCGGGUGUAAGGAACAGGAAUACUACAAAGUGAUCCCAGAUAUCGUAUCGCGAUUAAGUUCGAAUGAUUCAGCUAUGCUCGAAGACAAAUUCCGCGUCGUUAUGAAAUAUUUGUUCGAACUGAUCCACAAAGAUCGACCAGCUGAAAAUCUAGUCGAGAAGCUGUGCAGCCGCUACCGAAACACAAAUACCGAACGUCAAUGGCGGGAUAUCAGCUUUUGCUUAUCUCUACUCAGUCCGACGGAGAAAACCAUGAAGCGGCUCAUUGACAAUCUGCCAAAUUACAAGGAUAAAAUGCAGUACGAUGAGAUUUAUGAUUGCUUCAAAACAAUCAUUUCAAAUGCAAACAAACAAAUCAUGAAACCAGGUUUAAAGGAUUUGGCCAAGGAAUUCGAGACAAAACUUGAUAAAUGCCUUGAGGCGACACAGAACAACGAAUCCAUCGAUGUUUCUCUUUGCAUGAUUGACACAGAAAAUGUUUCAUCGGCAAACAAAUCAAAGAACAAGACGGUAAACACGCGGAAGAAGGCGGUUAAUUCGAGGAAGAAUAAACGAGCACCAUCCCGUACCUGGAGCUCCGAUGAGAUGGACGAUGAGAUGGAAGAAAAUAUUCCACCACGACGAGGACGCAAACGAAAGUAGAAAGUAAAUUUUUGAAUUGAAUUCAAACGCCAUUUUCGACAAAACGUAAAUUCACUGACAUUUUCAAUCUGAAAGUUGAACAUUUUCUCUUGGAUACGCUAAUGAGCGUAGAGCAAUCAUAUAUUACAUAGAUAAUAUACAUUGACCAUGAUACGAGAAAAAAAAUCAUGUAAAAUCCACUUCAUUGACGAUAAAUAAUGAUUAAAAAUAAAGAUUAACCAAAAAGACCAGAAAAAAA